GCACCUCUUCUUCCAUUAUCCAAUGACUCUUCUCCUCCUUCUCCUACUCAUCCUCCUCCUUCCCAUUAACUCUAUCUCAAGUUCUCCACCAUGCCACAAAGACCACCACAAACUUCUUUCCUUAGCCUUCCACUCAGUCUCCAACUUCAAUCUCUCCCACUGCCCAUCUUCUCCACUCACCAUCCUCAAACUCUCCUCCCACAACCUCACCGGCACCAUUUCUUGGCUCUAUCUCACCAACAUCUCAACCCUUCAAGUCCUUGACCUCUCCCACAACUCUCUCACCGGCUCCAUUCCUGGCUCCUUCUGGUCCUCCUCUUCUUCCCUCACCCACCUUAACCUCGCCGGCAACCACCUCGGUGGCACUCUCCGCUUCCCUUCUUCUUCCUCUCUCUUCUUUCCCUCAAUCUCUCCAACAACCAUUUCACUAAACUUUCCGGCCUUCACCAUCUCUCCAACCUUCAAGUACUAGACCUUUCUCUCAACUCCAUCAAU